AUGCCAGCAGCGACUGGAAGCGCUGGAAGCUGGCCGAGCCGAAGCUGCUCUCCUCGAAGCGAUGAAGGGCAGCGACAUGUCGCAACUGGAGCUCGCGAUCGACAGGGCCAGCUCUGCUGGCGUUGGCCCAGAGGCAAGCAUUACGACGAAGCAAGGGUCCAGCUAGAGACAGACCCGUGCAGAAGAAAGCUCCGGUGGAACCCCCUUGACGAGGUGCUGCAGCGCGCCAAGCAGAUCCUCCACGCUGGCCAAAGCUUGGAGAAAGCCGUGUGCGGCCAGAGCGUUGAGGUCCUCGAGGCUGCUCUGCAGGAGGCAGAGGUUGCAGGAGCUGCGGCCGAGCUGUUGGAGAAAAGCCGCGGACGUCUCCAAGAGCUCCAGGAAGCAGAAGCUCGCACAGAUGCGGCAGCACAGCUCCAGGCAGCCAUCGCUGCAGCCGACACGGCGCUGCAAAGCACGAUGCCGGAAGAAGGAAUCAGGACCUCGGACGAGCUGUACGGAGUCUCUCCAGACUUGGUGCAGCAAGGCCGCGACAAGCUCAAGGAAUGCCAGCAGCGACUGGAAGCGCUGGAAGCUGGCCGAGCCGAAGCUGCUCUCCUCGAAGCGAUGAAGGGCAGCGACAUGUCGCAACUGGAGCUCGCGAUCGACAGGGCCAGCUCUGCUGGCGUUGGCCCGGAGGUGCUGCAGCGCGCCAAGCAGAUCCUCCACGCUGGCCAAAGCUUGGAGAAAGCCGUGUGCGGCCAGAGCAUUGAGGUCCUCGAGGCUGCUCUGCAGGAGGCAGAGGUUGCAGGAGUUGCGGCCGAGCUGUUGGAGAAAAGCCGCAGACGUCUCCAAGAGCUCCAGGAAGCAGAAGCUCGCACAGAUGCGGCAGCACAGCUCCAGGCAGCCAUCGCUGCAGCCGACGCGGCGCUGCAAAGCACGAUGCCGGAAGAAGGAAUCAGGUGUGCUAUCGAGGACCUCGGACGAGCUGUACGGAGAGCCGAAACCUGUGAGGUCUCUCCAGACUUGGUGCAGCAAGGCCGCGACAAGCUCAAGGAAUGCCAGCAGCGACUGGAAGCGCUGGAAGCUGGCCGAGCCGAAGCUGCUCUCCUCGAAGCGAUGAAGGGCAGCGACAUGUCGCAACUGGAGCUCGCGAUCGACAGGGCCAGCUCUGCUGGCGUUGGCCCGGAGGUGCUGCAGCGCGCCAAGCAGAUCCUCCACGCUGGCCAAAGCUUGGAGAAAGCCGUGUGCGGCCAGAGCAUUGAGGUCCUCGAGGCUGCUCUGCAGGAGGCAGAGGUUGCAGGAGUUGCGGCCGAGCUGUUGGAGAAAAGCCGCAGACGUCUCCAAGAGCUCCAGGAAGCAGAAGCUCGCACAGAUGCGGCAGCACAGCUCCAGGCAGCCAUCGCUGCAGCCGACACGGCGCUGCAAAGCACGAUGCCGGAAGAAGGAAUCAGGUGUGCUAUCGAGGACCUCGGACGAGCUGUACGGAGAGCCGAAACCUGUGAGGUCUCUCCAGACUUGGUGCAGCAAGGCCGCGACAAGCUCAAGGAAUGCCAGCAGCGACUGGAAGCGUUGGAAGCUGGCCGAGCCGAAGCUGCUCUCCUCGAAGCGAUGAAGGGCAGCGACAUGUCGCAACUGGAGCUCGCGAUCGACAGGGCCAGCUCUGCUGGCGUUGGCCCGGAGGUGCUGCAGCGCGCCAAGCAGAUCCUCCACGCUGGCCAAAGCUUGGAGAAAGCCGUGUGCGGCCAGAGCGUUGAGGUCCUCGAGGCUGCUCUGCAGGAGGCAGAGGUUGCAGGAGUUGCGGCCGAGCUGUUGGAGAAAAGCCGCAGACGUCUCCAAGAGCUCCAGGAAGCAGAAGCUCGCACAGAUGCGGCAGCACAGCUCCAGGCAGCCAUUGCUGCUGCCGACACGUCGCUGCAAAGCACGAUGCCGGAAGAACGGAUCAGGUCCGCUAUCGAGGACCUCGGACGAGCUGUACGGAGAGCCGAAACCUGUGAGGUCUCUCCAGACUUGGUGCAGCAAGGCCGCGACAAGCUCAAGGAAUGCCAGCAGCGACUGGAAGCGCUGGAAGCUGGCCGAGCCGAAGCUGCUCUCCUCGAAGCGAUGAAGGGCAGCGACAUGUCGCAACUGGAGCUCGCGAUCGACAGGGCCAGCUCUGCUGGCGUCGGCCCAGAGGUGCUGCAGCGGGCCAAGCAGAUCCUCCACGCAGCCCAAAGCUUGGAGAAAGCCGUAUGCGGCCAGAACGUUGAGGUUCUGCAGGCUGCCUUGCAGGAGGCAGAGGCUGCAAGAGUUGCGCCAGAGCUGCUAAAGAAAAGCCGCAGACGUCUCCAAGAGCUCCAGGAAGCAGAAGCUCGCACAGAUGCGGCAGCACAGCUCCAGGCAGCCAUUGCUGCUGCCGACACGUCGCUGCAAAGCACGAUGCCGGAAGAACGGAUCAGGUCCGCUAUCGAGGACCUCGGACGAGCUGUACGGAGAGCCGAAACCUGUGAGGUCUCUCCAGACUUGGUGCAGCAAGGCCGCGACAAGCUCAAGGAAUGCCAGCAGCGACUGGAAGCGCUGGAAGCUGGCCGAGCCGAAGCUGCUCUCCUCGAAGCGAUGAAGGGCAGCGACAUGUCGCAGCUGGAGCUCGCGAUCGACAGGGCCAGCUCUGCUGGCGUCAGCCCGGAGGUGAUUGACCGUGCACAAGAGCAUCUUCGUGCCCUGGAGGCAAAGGAAGAAGCAGCGCGGGCAUCUCUUUUGGCUUUGAACGAGCUCCUGGCAGCCAUGAAGCUGUCUGAUCUGUUCGCACUGCAAAAGGCCCUGGAUGCGGCAAAAAGCGGUGGCGUUAGCGAGGAGAUCUUGCUCCAAGGUGAGCAGAAGCUGGCAUUCUUGUUGGAACAGCAGGAGGCGGAGGCCCAACUGCUGAAGGCCAUCACAGGAGACAUGGCAACGCUCACAGCUGCCUUGGCUCGGGCAGAAGCCGCCAAAGUUGAUGCGCAGGUCUGCGCGCGUGCACGGGACGCCCUGCUGCGCAUGAAGCGGUACGAGGCUGAGCACGCGACGGAGGAACUCAUCGCAGCCAUGGCCGGCGAAGACGCCAAGGCCCUGGAGCUGGCUUUGCUCCGAGCGCGGGAGGCCGAGGUCGACGCCAACCUGAUCCAGGAUGCGGAGGCGGCGCUGCAGGACCUCCGAGAGCUUGCGGCGCAUGGUCCGGAACGGAGGGAGGCAGAAGCAGAACUUCAGGCUGCCAUUGACACUGGGGACCUGGUGCUUCUGGAAGCUGCCCUCGCAAAAGCGCGGGCUCUGAGAGUCUCAGAGGAGGUGCUGCGAGCAGCUCAAUCCGUGCUGACUGCUGCUGAAGCGCAGUCGGACCUCUUCAGAGCCAUGGAUGGCCGCAACAUCCAGGCCCUCAUGGCCGCCCUGCAGCGAGCGGAGAGUGCUGGGGUGGAUGCCGGCUAUCUGCACAUGGCUCAGGAACGGUUACGUGCACUCCAGGAGGCAGAUCAUGCCGAAGAUGACAUCCUGCAGACGUUGCAGCAACGCGACCAUGACUUCGAUGUACCGAGGCGACCGUCCCUUCACCACGCAGACACCUCCAGCCACCCAUCACUGGACACCAGGCCACCGCGGGCAACAUACAUGACUCAGCGCAGCGAAGGUGAGCUGGCUUUCGCUCUGUCGAAGGGUCAGGGCCAGAGGGAAGACCCCAGGAGCAACAGCAAGGACAAGAAGAAGGCUCCAUUUCGGCCGUCGCUCAUGGGCCAGACCCUCAUCGAUGGCGGCACACUCAUGCUUUGGAAAUCUGGGCAGUCGAAUGGUCCUGCUCCCAGGCUCACCAUUCAAGAAGCAAGCGGAUGCGAGACCUGGCUCGGCUUCGAAUGCAAGGAGGCCCUUGCCCGAGCGACCCCGCUCGGCUGCAGCUACGCGGCCCCCGCCCAGCCGGCCGCUCUCGGCCAAACCGCGGUAAGGCUGCAGCUGCUCUCGCAAGACUUGCACGCAGUUGAGGAAAAACGCUUUGCCUACACGACGCCCAAAAGUUUCCUGGAGCUGAUCAAGCUCUAUUCCGGCAUGCUCGGGAAGCAGGUCUUCGCCCUUGAAGACAAGAAGACGAGAUUGUCAUCCGGUCUCAUCAAGCUGCGUGCCACACAGGAGGAGGUGGCGAACUUGGAAGAAGACUUGCAAGAAAAAGCCGUCAUCGUGAAGGAGAAAGCUGAGAAAGCCGACACAUUUGCUGAAGAGGUGGGCCGUGAGAAGACGAAGGUGAAUACUGAGGCGGAGAAGGCCAACAUCGAGGCUGUGAAGUGCGCCCAGAUUGCACAGCAGGUGGCCGAGAAGAAGGAAGACUGCAUGCGAGAUCUCGAUGCUGCCUUACCGCUGGUAAACCAAGCUGAGGCAGCGCUUGAUGUCUUGGACAAGAAGGAGUUCAACGAGUUGAAGGCGUUAACGCGGCCACCAGAUGACGUUGCAAAAGUCUGUGAGACUGCGUUGCACCUGCUGGCGGGCAUCGAUCCUAUGAUUGAGACGGAUAAGAAGGGCAGGGCCAAGGACAAGACUUGGAAAGGAAUACAGAAGAUGAUGACCGACCCGAACAAGUUCCUUGCUCAACUGAAGGGCUUCAAGCUCGUGAUUGACGAGGGCAAAGUCCCGGCGCAGAACGUCGAAGAGGCUCGGAAAAUCAAAGAUGGGCUUGGAGAGGACUUCUACCCAGAGAACAUGAAAAAGAAAUCCCAGGCAGCUGGAGGCCUCAGUGAGUUCGUCAUCAAUAUCAUCAAGUACUACGAUGUGGUCUGCCAAGUGGAGCCCAAAAAGAGGUCGCUGCAAGAGGCUACUGAAACACUGGAGAAAGCCAACGAGCGCCACAGGGAGGUGACAGCGAUGGUCAAGGACUUGGAAGACAGGCUAGCCACUCUCGUCGCGGAUUUUGAUGAGGUGCUGUUUUCCGCCAAAUCCCUUUUCGGUGCAAUGCCUGCGCUAGGAAACACCUUCACGCGGUCCUCGGCCGCGGCAGCGUGCUUGACAGAAACCUUCGUUCCACCGACAUGCGACGGCAAUGAAGGCCAAACCUCGAGUGGGGACCAUGUCACAAGCAUAUACGUUUCUGAAGACAGCUUCCUUGCCGGGCUAGCCGGCAGCAUCAAGAACUUGGGGACGUGGCAGCAUUGGUAUCGACCGCCCUGGUUCCUCAAGCAGGGUGAUCUCAUGACGCUUUUUGCCGCCUUGUGCCGAUCAUCUGCAGACCUGAAAUUCAAGCGCCACAUCAUUACAACCAAAGACGGUGGUGCUCUGGCAUUGGACCUGGUCCUGAAGGACAGUCGUGGCAGAACUGCGCCCAGUAUCGGCGGCCAAGCUCCGGUUGUGCUGCUCCUUCCAGGGCUGGGCGGGAGCAGUCAGGGUGGCUACGUUAAGAAUAUGGCCAAUAAGUUGGCCAGUUGCGGUUUUGCGGUUGGUGUGCUCAACAUGCGCGGCUGUGCUGGCUGCUCGCUUCGAACACCGCGCGUUUUCUCAGCCUAUCGAGGAUCCACAAAUGACGUGAGAGAGGCUGUCGACUAUGUGCGAAGCCAUCUCGUGGAGGCCCCACACAAGGAGAAGCCCGUGUUUUUGCUGGGUUGGAGUUUGGGAGCCAACAUCCUCAUCAACACGCUUGCAGAGCAAGGGUUCGGCACCAGCUCACAAAGGAAGUCUUCCUUCCUCAACGGCGGAGUGGCCCUCUGUGCCACUCACUGCCUCGUUCGUUGUGGUCGGCAGGCCCGGGAACACUGGGUCACAAAGUACGUGUAUAGCCGUUUUGUCACACGAAACUUGCUGCAAUGCUUACAGCCGGCGCUAUCUCGUUAUGGAAGUGGACCGGUACCGGGGUGGAACGGAACGGACGUACGUGUCGACAGUCUCAGACUGCAGUCUGCGCAGGAGGUUUUCGACAUAGAUGAAGCCCUGAUUCGGCGCAUGUUUGGGUACAACUCAGUGGAUGAAUAUUACUACGAUGCCAGCUCAUGUCGACGGGUGGAACAGGUUUCUGUGCCGCUGUUGAUGGUCAGUGCUGCAGACGACCCUAUGAGCACUGGAUGGGCUCCCUUUGAGAAGGUCCGCGCCAAUCCCAACAUUAUGUUGGCCUACACGUCUCAUGGAGGACACCUUGGCUGGCAGGAUGACUCUAACGCGUUGCAGUCCCAAUGGGUGGAAGAAACAACAGCAGCUUUCUUCCAGAAGCUGCAGACGCCUUGUUCUUGA